UCCAUUCCUAGCUGGGACCGCUAGCCAACCGUAGGGUAUGCUUACUUAUUUUGAUGACAGUCCCAACUAAAGAGCAUAUGCAACCAAUGCGCUGUCUUUUAGGAGCUGGUUUCGUCGCACGUAAACCGUGACUCGCUGAUACAUCUGCAAAGGAGGAUCGCACUGCCUCUUCCUUACACCGUUCUAUAAUAGUUUGUUAGGAUGAUUCAAGCACAAACCAGAGGCCAGGUCCUGGAGGGCGUGCAGCAAUAUGGGCUGGCUCCCGGUGCCCGGAAGAUGAUUGACGCAGAGGAAGCGGCGGCGCAAAUUGCAAUGGAGACCGGCAUCUACGGGGUGUGGCGCAGCUCCAAGGGCACCGAUUGCACCCGCAUCGGCCCCACCGCGCGCUGCUUCUGCAACCACAGCUAUGCGGACCACUUCUUCGUGUCGCCCAAGUCGCCCUACCCGAUCUGCAAGGCCUGCUCCUGCAGGGGCUUUGCGUUCGUCCCCUCCAGGCCGGAGGAGGUGGGCGAGUGGUGGCUGCCCCGCCGCAAGGGCUUCAACGUGCACACCUGGCGCGCCAAGUGCCGCUGCGGACACGGACACGACGAACACGACCCCAACGCGCGCCGCUGCCGCUGCGGCUGCUCCAUGUUCCAAUCCAACUUUGCAUGCCUGGUGUGCGACCUGAAGUGGGAGGACCACGAGACGGUGUUCGAGACGGCGCAGGAGCGCCUGAUGGCGGGCCGACCCGUGGGUCAGGACUUCCGACCCCUAGCCGACGAUGCGCCCAUACGGGACCUGGUGUUCCCCGGGGACCAUGGAGCCGCGUCGGCGGAGGCGUUCGUGCCGUGCAGCCUCCGCCGCGCGCAGGUCUCCCCCUCCCGCGGCGAGAAGGCGGUGCGCAUCAUGGCGGCCAGCAGCGGCGGCGCGGUGACGGGGCAGCCCCUCGCCAACCGCUGGGGCAAGGUGGCGCACCCGCCGCAGUGGCCACCCGCGCCGCCGCUGCAG